GGCGUGGCAUGGCCGCCCGCAGUUAGGGAAGCUUCUCCUUUGGGCUCGGGGCUCGUCCGGAAACGGCCGCGGGCCGAGGGGGAGGACCCGGCCCGGAGGCGGCGGCGGCCGUCGGCCGAUCGGCUGGAGAGGCGGCGCGCCGCGGCACCGAGAGCGACAGCUCCUCUCCCGGCUCCCCCACCUCCAGGGGAGCGCCAUGGCCGAGGCCCCGGCCGGGCUGAGCGAGACCGUCACCGAGACGACGGUUACCGUGACAACGGAACCUGAGAAUCGAAGCCUCACAAUCAAACUGCGUAAAAGGAAGCCGGACAAGAAGGUGGAAUGGUCGAGUGAUACGGUGGACAAUGAACACUUAGGACGCAGGUCGUCAAAAUGCUGUUGUAUCUAUGAGAAGCCCCGGGCAUUCGGCGAGAGCUCCACGGAGAGCGAAGAUGAGGACGACGAGGGCUGCGGCCACGCGCACUGCGUCCGGGGACACCGCAAGGGGCAGCCCCGGCGCCACGCCUCCCCCGAGGUGCCCCCCGCCACCCCGCAGCCUCCCGGCCCCCAGCAGCCCCCGUCGGGGCCCAUGCAGCACUGAGUCCCGGCGUCCCGGCGAGCCUCGGCCGUGUCGUCGUGUGUAUUCGGCCUUGAAUGUGUUUGUGUAUGUGGCUUCUUUGGAAUUAAAGCCCUAUCCCCACUA